AAUAUGAAUGAAGCCGACGCCGCUAAAUCCUCCAAUGACUUGGGGUCGCAUAUGAAGCAAAGUUUUCAUGUUUCGUUUCUUUCAGAUGACCCAUCAAUUCCCUGUUGUUCCUCCAAUGAUUCAAUGCUGCUGAAGUUCUUUAUUGAUAUGAUGCCCAACGGUAGUAGGAUAGUCCUGAUUGUGAAUCCAGAGGAUUCAGUGAAAUCGGUUCACGAUUAUAUCGAGACAUUAACCAAUAUACCACCUACCGAGCAAAGACUGAUACAUCAAGGAGAACAGCUACAAUGGGAACAGUCAUUACUUGAAUCAUCUGUACAAAACAAUUCAGUUCUUCAAUUGUUCGUCAGAAAUCGUAGCACUUAUCUCUUAGAAGCCUGGCAAAUGGGUUGUGAUUUGAGAUUAUUCAUCUUCGAUUUGUACAAAGGCAAUGCAACCCUUUCUUCAGAGUUGGUAAAUUCGAUGUUAAUGGGGUUCUUAAUAAAGAUAAAUAAUCAUAAGAAAGACACAUCUGUUAGAUAUCUUCAAGUAUUUUUUUCCUUAGGUUUCCCUCAAGCUAUAGUAAGGCUCUACUUAUCUGAUAGAACAGACAUCACAGAGUUUUUUCCUGGAUUCAUUCGAGGUAUCAUUUUUACUUGUGGUGUGUAUAAAAAUCCAAAGUCUCCUCCACCCAACAUUUAUGCACUCAUAUUGUUUGAAUUAUUCAAAACACUUCGUCUAGCUCUUCAUAGUAAUCACUAUGUUAACGUAAAGUGGAUCAUCAGUAAUUAUGGGGCUUGUAGGAAUGCUCUUUGCUCAAAUCUGAAGUAUUUCCAACUUACUUGGGAUUCAAAGGAGGAUAAUACUUGUUGGGUUGAGGAUAACUGUCGGAUUUUCUUUGAAGAUAUUUUCUCAUUUUUUCAAGAUGACAUCACUAUGUUAUUGAAUAGUUUAUCAUCUGAAAUUGUGUCCCCUAUAAGUAGUUCUUUUGAUCAAUUAGAUGAGGUCUGUUAUUUGGGAGAUUUAUGUGUCCCCUUGCAAUCUGUGAUAAUGCAACAACUGGGUUUAGGGCCGUUGGUAUCCUUGUCAUCUGCUGAAAUUGAACUUGAUGAUAGAAUUAAGUGUCAUUCUAAAGAGAUCAAGCUCAUUUAUGAUGUCUGUAUUAACUUACUUGAGAAAAUUGAUGUACAUCUUGAAAAAAUAGAGAACUUGUUGUCUAUCAAAUCAAAAAUAGAACUUAAUAAUUUCGAUCGGCCUGGGUUCUAUUACUUUUCUACUUUGAAGAUCAUACAUUGUUUAUCAAAAGUUUAUUCAGGAGCCAGUGAAAUGUUUCACAGAAAAUUGAAGGAAAGAAAGAUUGCACUCAACUACUUAUUAACGUAUAAGACUAAAGAGAUAGUAGCAUGGAUUUCUGAGUACGAUGAUGUGAUUGAUUUUAAGUCUAGGAGAAAGUUAGUAAGGAGCAUGUUUCCCAAACUAAUUGAUGACGACGACUACGACUACUACUACUAUGACUACGACGACUACGACGACGACGACGAUUACGACGACGACGACUAUGACGACGACGACGACGACGAAGACGACGACUACGACUACGAUGACGACGAUGAUGAUGAUGUCGAUGAUGAUGAUGUUGUUAUUAAUGAUGGUGUUGUUGAUGAUGAUGAUGGCAACUCGAACACAAUUAUCAUAGAGAGGUCUAAGUUGUUAGAAGAAUCAUUAAAUUCCUUAAGUUCGGAAGUGUUGAAAAAUGUCUCUAUAAAGUUUAAAAAUGAGGCAGCGCAUGGUUCAGGUGUAGUUCGAGAAUGGUUGUUCUUGGUAUGCCAGGAAAUUUUUAAUCCAUCAUCAAAUGACUUAUUUGUGGCAUGUCCGUCUGAUCUCAGAAGAGUUUAUCCAAAUCCUGCUUCUAAGGUGAAGUCUAAUUCACGCCUAAAGUACUAUAAAUUUGCUGGAAAUGUGAUUGGCCUUGCAUUGCAACAUAGAAUUCAAGUAGGUAUUGUGUUUGAUCGUGUUUUUGUCAACCAGUUAGCUGGUAAAACUAUUUCUCUCGAGGAUAUUCAAGAUGCUGAUCCACAGUUAUACAGUAGUUGCAAGAAAAUUAUUGAGAUGAACGCGGAUGAAGUAGAUUCUGAUGUAUUGGGGCUAACGUUUGUGCACGAAUUUGAAGAUGAAUUUGGAUCGAGGAAAGUGGUUGAGCUUUGUCCUGGAGGACAAGAUGUGGCUGUAAAUAGUAGAAAUAGAAAACAAUUUGUUGAUCUUCUUAUUCAACAUGUUUUCGUCACAUCAAUUGCUCAACAGAUCGCCCUAUUUUCUGAUGGUUUUUCAAAUAUAUUGUUGGAUUGUGAACAUCAACAAUUGUUUUUCGGUUCUUUAGAGCUGAAGAAUCUUGAUAAAUUGUUGUUGGGUAAAGGAAAUGAUAUUUCGGAUAUAGAUUGGAAAAUACAUACUCGUUACAAAGUUUACAAAAAAACUGAUCCUCAAAUAGUUUGGUUCUGGAAGGUAUAUACAUGAUCUUUAUUGUUUCUUUAACCAUAAUAGACUAUGAUAUUUAUCUCCUAUAUAUUAUUUAUGUAAAAUGUAAAUUAUCUUGCAGAUAGUGCAAAACAUGACGCUCGAGCAAAGAAGGCACCUCAUGUUCUUCUGGACCUCGGUGAAGUAUUUACCAAUUGAUGGAUUUGGUGGCUUGGAACGGUUGUGGAUUGAAAGAUCAUUCAAAAGUGAGGAUUAUCUGCCUUCAUCUCAUACAUGCUUUUACAAACUACU